GUCACUAAAUCCAAACCGUUGAAAUCCUUUCUCUGUCUCACUCAAUCCUCUCACAAGGGACAACUUGCUGCCCGCCAUUUUCUACCCCCACCCAAUUUCUUCUAUCUCUUUUCUUCUUUCUCUGGAAGAAUUGUCAAGAAUGAAGAAAAAUGUAAGUGGUAAAAAAUGGAGCUCUGAAAUGGCCGUAACACCUGAGGUCCUGUCUCAGGCCCCUGUUUCCGACACCUCUGUUGUUUGUUCCCAGGAUCAAAAGAAAUCUGUGAACCCUGUUAAAUACGCUGCCAAAGCUGUCGCCGGAGUUUUCAUUGACUGCUUCACGCCUCCAGAGGAUGAUUAUCCUUCUAACUUUCGGAAAAAGGGUGAAUUUCAGAAAUUAAAGUCAUCUUCUGUUUCAUCUGGUACGAGUAACAGCGAGAAGAAACAGGGUUCAAUUCGAUCAUACAAUCUAACUGUGGAGAGUGAUAUUAUUGGAAAUGGGAAUUAUACCAUAGCACAAAUAUACAAGGCAACAAGAAACUUCUCCCCUUCCCUUAGACUUGGUCAAGGGGGUUUUGGGACAGUCUAUAGAGGAACUCUGGAAGAUGGCUCCCUUGUUGCUGUGAAACGUGCCAAAAGGAACGGUCAUGGUAAGCACCUGGGAGCAGAAUUCCGAACUGAGAUCCAAACAUUAGCUCAGGUGGAUCAUCUGAACUUGGUGAGGUGUUAUGGUUAUCUGGAGGAAAAAGAUGAGAGAAUCCUUCUUGUUGAGUAUGUUCCAAAUGGAACUCUCAGGGAACACUUGGACUGUAUACGCGGUGAGGCUUUAGAUAUGGCUGCUAGACUUGACAUUGCCAUUGAUGUUGCUCAUGCCAUUACUUAUCUCCACAUGUACGCAGAUAAUCCUAUAAUUCACAGGGAUAUCAAAUCUUCCAACAUUCUUCUGACAGAACGUUGUAGAGCGAAGGUGGCCGACUUUGGAUUUGCCCGGUUAGCAGCCGACAGAGACUCCGGUUGCACUCAUGUGUCUACCCAAGUUAAAGGCACUGCUGGGUACUUAGACCCGGAAUAUCUUCAGACCUACCAACUUACUGAGAAGAGUGAUGUUUAUUCCUUUGGUGUAUUGUUGGUGGAAUUGGUCACCGGAAGGCGUCCUAUUGAUAAUAAACGUGUCAUGAAGGAGCGGAUUACAACACGAUGGGCAAUAAUGAAGUUUACAGAAGGGGAUGCAAGAUCAACACUUGAUCCAAAACUAGAAGAAACUACAUCAAAUAUCAUUACAAUAGAAAAGAUUCUUGAACUGGCAUUAAUAUGUCUAGCUCCACAACGGAAGAAUCGGCCAAUUAUGCAGAGAUGUGCAGAGAUACUGUGGAGCAUACGCAAGGACUUCAGAGAGCUAUCAGUUUCAGACACCUGCUCUCUCUCUUCUAGCACAGGCAGAAGCAACUCUGUAGGAGAACCCGUGCUUGCAACACUAGUUUCUUGAUCAUAUGAUAAAAUUACUUGCCUCUUAGAAUUCUAAGCACAUAUUUUUUGCCCCAGCUGAAUUCUUUUACUUGUUUUGAGAUAUGAAAAUACAUAUAUAUACUGUAUACAUCAGUGUGUAAAACAGAAAAAAAGAUGAAUAUCAGAAACGACCUGCAUUGAUAUUUA